AGUUUGGACGAUACCACGAGGAAGGCGCUAGUAGAUACAAGUCGUGACGGUCUUUUCCCUCGAAACUAAUUAAACAAAAAUAGUGUAAAAAUUAAUCAUUCGAGUGGAAAGAUUGAUUAUUUAGAUAGCAGUGUGUCAUUCAAUUUCGUACGUUCUCCGAGUUCAUCGAGUAUGGAGAGUGAAAACGUGGAAAUAUUAAGGGAGGCUGAAAGAACGGAGGAGCCGGAAGAACGUCUCUCCACGAAAUUCAAUAUGGACGUAAACUUGGGAAUAAAUUUGAGCAUUUUGAUCAUUCUCAUGAUAUUUUGCGGUCUUCUUUUUUUGCCUGCUAAAAUGCUCCUCGACACGUCGUACGAAGUGGGGGAGAACGAAAAUUCUAGUGAAACUGAGAAAUCCAUACUCAAAACAAACUUUCUCAGCUCGAUGAAAUUUCGCGAAAAGAAAAUCUGUCCCGGCCUCAAUUACGAGUACUGGCUCUCCUCCAUAUUUUUCAGUAAUUAUGAUCGAAAUUGCACGUACACGAGGAAACGAGUUAUUGCAAAAGACAAGGAGACGCGGCGCGCUGGGGAGAACAAAAAUUCCGAUAAGUCAAUUUGUUCCGAGGAUAAAAAAAUGAUCAACCCGAUUGUUAACAAUUACAAUGGUACGUUUGAGGAAAUGAAAGCGAGCAAACCGAAAUCUGUUCCCGUUACCGGGCACAUCCUCGCAAUGAUGCUCGUUGUUUCGGCCGUAGCCGCUUUCGUCGAAGUACUACGCAUACGAUUUAUCAAUCCUAAGGAUACCUCCACCGUCGAAACCGCCGGUUCGAGGAAGGGGUCGACUGUUGAAUUAAUGUCCCAUGGACGCUUUUUGUCGCGUCCCACGAUCAAACCUCAGAGAUCGUUUGAUUUACAGGGAAUGCAACGAUCUGCGCAACGUCUUAUUGGUACUCGUCCUCCACCCCUCACGAGACGAUCGUCGUUUCCGAGUUACCACGCGGCGACGAUGGACCUCGCGAUGACGAACGACCCCUCCAUUUCCAGACGUACAUCGAUCAAUCCAGAAUCGGCACCCGAUUCUGGAAUGGCCAGUAUUCAUCGACGGGCACGUUUGAUUCGUCGCCAUUGAGCCUGAAAAACGAUCAUUUUCAUAUUCAUCACACCGAUUGACAAUCUUCUCUUUGCGAUUUCGUACAAUCGACCGCGUAUUUUUACGUCGAUCGGAGAUUAAAACGAAACUUUAAAAUAUCGAAAACAAAGACGAUGUAAAAUUGCAAAAUUCAAUUCGAACAGAAUGUUGACGACGAAAGAUCGUUUCUCGAAUAUCUGCUAUUUCUCGCGCGUGCGCAUGAUCAUUUUAUUUUAUCUCGAGUUCAAUUUUUUUUGUCCACACAAAUUUCUUUUGUAACCAGAAAAAUAUUCAGUGACGCUACGUGCGACAUCGUUCCUUCAGAAAUCGAAACAAAGAAGUGUGAUUCGAAUGUAUUUUUCCAAUUCUUUUACAUCUCGUUUAUUCUUGUCCAAACUUUUGCUGCAUAGUAGCAUAGUUACUCCAUCUUUCAUGUACAAAAAGACAAAAAUUUUUUCUCAAAAUGUCAAGGUUUUCUUUCAAAAUGGAAGACUGUUAUUCAACAGUCUCGUGCGUCCUCCGUGCUCGCCAAAGUGAUAAAACUCUUAACGAAUUUGAAACAUUUUUACUCUAAAACACUGAGCUUACUUGCAUUAUUUUUGUUUCGUUUUUCUUUCCACCGAGACCUCGGUAAACAACGGCGAGACUGUCUCCGCAUGACGCCAGCAACGAAAUGGCGUUGCGCGCGGUUAAUUUUCCUGUCUUUGUACAUUGGAUGCUUCGAAUCCUUUACUGUGAGCAAAACGAUUGAUAUUCGGCGCAUUGUGGGGAGAAAUCUCAUCUACCAGGGUUUACAGAAUCGGGGUUGCGGUGUUAUUUGAAAUACAACAGAUUUUGAUGUAAACUUUCACAAAGCCACUGUUCCUACACGCAACACGUAACACAAUGGUUAUUGACAAACUGUUCUCUUUUAGCCCCCCCCCCCCCCCUCCCUCUCGCCCAACUCUGCUACUGUCUCUGGGCUCGCCAGCGACCGCAGAAAACACGCAGCACGAAAACACUUGGACACGAAUCUAUUGGUACACAAUUUCAAAUCAACUGUAAGCUUUCUCUCGUAUGCACAUUUAACGACACUUUUCAACGAAUCCGACGAAUUUAUGGGAAAAAAUGUCGUGAUGCAAAGUCAUGGCGAAAAAAGCCUCAAGCUUUUUCAACUCUCAUCUUUUCACAAAAAAAAUGCGAGUUUCGAACUUCGUUGUAAUCGGUGAACGGAACAUUACUAUUUUCAUUUGUUUCUUGAUGGACACAAUUGUUAUCAAUUUCAAAGUAAUGUCAAUACGAAAAAUUCAUGUGAAUCGUCAACUCUGAUUGUGACUUCUAUUCGCAAUGUUAACCGCAUGUUUGUUACUGAAAUAACUUUUCAAUCAAGCCGUCCGUUCUGGACGAAAAUUAUUCAAUCUUAUUGCUGUAUCGGAAAUAUUUGUACUUCAAAUUUUCUUCUACAUUGCUGUGAAACUCUAAAGAAUUCAUUCGUUGAUGAAAUAAUUUUAACAUACCGUAUUUUAUUGAAAUACAUUUUUAUUUUUCAAUGGACGAAGACAAAAGAACGUACGUACAAUCGAAAUGAGCGGUCGACGAGGAAGAAAAAACGCUACGGAAAUGUAUUACAACAAGAGUAACGAAAUUUGUGUCACGUGAUUUGCCAUGAUAUUCUCUAUAUGUGAUAUGUUUUGACAAGGUACAUAUUUUCGGAAUAUAUGCACGCACAAUAAAAAAAAAUUAUAUAUUUA